AAAGAAAAAAGAGUCCCACUCAUUAAUUUACCACCACCAUACCUUGUUUUCUCUCCACUUUCUCGCUCCCCAAACGCAACCUCACUCUCAGCUACAAGCACAACCCUACUCUUUACUUAUGCAACUGCAAACGCUCGGUCUCCGUCGGAGAUAUCAAAUAUUCCAACUGGAAGAGUGAAUUUGAGACUUUACCUAGGGCAUUUUCGGGAUCCAAAAGACGAUAGCGGACAAUGUCGGGCCCACCGCGUGUCCGGUCGAUGGACAUUGCCGAACCGGAGAACAAGGCUCCGCAAAAGCCGGUGAAGAAAGUCGAGAAACCGCAGCAGCAAGACACUGAGUCUAAGGAUAAGAAACAUGGGAAAGUGGCGUCGGCUGUUUUGCGCCAGAAGUCGAUGAAUGGGUCUUGCUCCUCGGACGCCUCGCCGGAUUCGACUUUCAGCCGGGCAUCUUCGUCUUCCUCGCUUUCGUCACGGUCAUGGUCUAGCGGGAAAAUGGUGGUGGCGGCACGGAGGAAUGGAGCGGUUAGGAAAAAACAGUGUGAGACGAAAUUUGAUACGGGGGCGAAAACCGGCGGUGGUGAUGACUGUUUGGCGGUGGAGAGUGGCAAUGUGGUUAGCGGAAAUAGUGGACCACUGACUGCAGCUGAUCACUUGGAAAUUAAGAAAAGGUGCGGUUGGGUUACUCCCAGUUCUGAUCCAUGCUAUGCAACUUUUCAUGAUACAGAAUGGGGAGUGCAGGUCCAUAAUGACAAGAAAUUGUUUGAAUUGCUAUGCCUCUCAGGCGCUUUGGCUGAACUUACUUGGCCUGUCAUUCUUAAUAGAAGGCAUAUGUUUAGGGAAGUAUUUUUGGAUUUUGAUCCAAUUGCUGUUUCAAAACUAAAUGAGAAAAAGAUAGCUGUGCCAGGAAGUCCUGCCAGCUCACUACUGUCGGAACUAAAGCUACGAUCCAUCAUCGAAAAUGCUCAUCAAAUGUGCAAGGUCAUAGAUGAGUUUGGGUCGUUUGACAAAUAUAUCUGGAACUUUGUAAACCAUAAGCCCAUAGUUAAUAAUUUCAGACACUCCCGUCAAGUUCCAGUCAAGUCCCCAAAAGCAGAGGCCAUAAGUAAAGAUCUAGUAAAAAGAGGGUUUCGUAGUGCAGGGCCAACAGUCAUAUAUUCAUUCAUGCAAGCAGCUGGAUUGACAAAUGACCAUCUCAUCAGUUGCUUCAGAUUCCAGCAGUGUCUUACUGGUACUGAAACAAGGGAAAAGGAUGAGAGUCUUAAGUUAAAGACUGAAAAGAAAGAACCUACAUAUUCAACUGACAUGGGAAUUCCAAGAAAUAUGGAUGCCUAUAGUUCCUUGAAAUAACUAGGUCUCGUUGGAUUAGAUGUUAUUCUGUGCUUGGCGUUUUUGUACAAAUGGUUACCACUACUGCUGAAAGUUUCUGCAAGCCCCGUGUUUUGCAUUUUGGUAUGUAACUACUUAUUUGAAAUGACGUGGCUGUAUUAUACAAAAUAUUGUUUUCUUUGUUUAA